AUGCAGAGGUCGGAUUACUGUACACACGCUAUAAAACCUCACGAAGUUUUACCUGGAAAGGACAACAAUCCCUACAGUAUUCAAACUGCGCUCGGCUGGGGUAUUGUUGGUUCAGUGACGCAUAACCCGGAGGAAACCGACAAGGAUUCUGUUCAAACACACCACAUUGUUACUUGUGAAGUCAUUGGUGGUAAAGAAAGAACAACUUGCCAAUUUGUGUUAAAAACCCUAGUAAAGGAAAUUCUAACACCUGCCCAAGUCGGCAAAAUGUUUGAGUUUGAUUUCAACGACCAAGAUAAAAGCAGCCCCCCACUGUCGUACAAUCACUGGCUGUUCAUGAAAAGAGUAGAAGAACAGGUCCAUCAACGAGAUGACAGUCACUUUGAAAUACCCUUACCUUUAAAGAAUCCAGAAGUUAAACUUCCCAACAACAAGAGUCAAGCAAUGAGCCAACUUAACAAGUUAAGGGAGUGAUUUAAGAACGAUCAAAGCUAUCAGAAGGACUAUUUGACAUUUAUGGAAGGAAUUAUCAAAUCUGGUUAUGCUGAACACGUUCCCGAUGAUGAACUAAUUCAAGACAAUGGUGACGUUUGGUUCCUGCCACACCACUGUGUGUAUCACCCUAAGAAGCCUGACAAAAUCAGAGUGGUGUUUGAUUCUAGCGCUGAGUUUAAAGGAGAUUCCUUGAAUCGUCAUCUUCUUCAAGGACCAGAUUUAACCAAAACCUUGUAGGAGUCCUGGUCAGAUUUUGCCAAGAAAGAACCGCGAUUAUGUGCAAUAUAGAAAGCAUGUUUCACCAAGUACACGUCAACGCUGAACACCGAAAUCUACUUUGUUUUCUUUGGUGGCCGGAUGGUGACGUUAAUCGUGAACCAGUUGAGUACAGAAUACCGUGCAUUUAUUUGGUGCCACCUGCUCACCAGGAUGUGCAAAUAUCGGUUUGAAAAUGACCGCUGAUAAAUAUAAGUAAGAGUUUGGCAACAUGGCCGCAAGUUUCGUUCGACAUGAUUUUUACGUAGACGACGGACUCAAAUCAGUUCCAUCUCCUAGCGAAGCCAUCGAUUUGAUAACGAAGACAAAGGGUUUGUGUGAAAGAGGAGGCUUCCGUUUGCAUAAACUCGUAUCCAACAAGAAAGUGUUGCAAUCGUUCCCACCAGAAGAGAGAGCGAGUGGAAUUAAAGACCUCAACUUGGACCACGAACAACUCCCAGUUGAGAGAGCCUUGGUUGUGCAAUGGUGCAUUGAAUCCGACACUUUACAAUUCAAGAACGAAAUGAGCAAAUGUCCUGCUACCAGGCGUGGAGUUCUUUCAGCCGUCAGUUCCAUAUUUGAUCCCCUUGGUCUCCUGUCACCGUUUCUCUACAAGGAAAAAGUAUACUCCAAGAAUUAUGCAAGCAGGGAACAAGCUUAG